CGCGGAGCAACGUAACAGCUGAUUCGUUUCUUCUGUUCCUAACCUCAUGCGUUUGAGUCGCCCCAUUGAAUUUCCCCUUUUAGAUUGGUGAUACUCGUGUGUGUCAACGAGAAUUGGUGAUCGCGAAUUUCGACGAGCGUGACUGAUUCGUGCCUAUUUGGACUAAGCUGAUUCGACGACGAUGAAAGUCGCUACGCGAUGGAAGACAGCUGAGGAUCUCAAUCGUCUGCGUGGGACCAGCGCUUGGACGAAGAUUAAAUUUUUCUGGCGCAAGGGAUGGACAGAGAUCCCAGUAAUAAUGGGAUCUAUGUUUUACUUUUUUGGAGGGACCGCUUUGGCUAUUUACGCGGGAUAUUCUUGCUUGACGCAAGAUCUAACUCCGAAAUAUCAUAAACGGAUAACAAUUUUCAGACCGGACGAUCCGGAAGUUCUGAAGAUUCGUCACACUUCGAAAUUUGAUUACUAAAUUUUCAUUUAACAUAUUUCACUAGCACACUAUGAAGGUACGCAGUUGGUUAUGAUCUAACCUUCCAUUGUAGUUUUAUGAUUCCAAUAAAUAUAAAUAUAAAUUA